GACGUCGUAUUGACGUAUCGUAGUUUUAAGACAAAGUGCGAACGCCAUUUUUUGUUACUUUUCCGUUCAACUCUUUCUUCCGAUCUCUGAAAAUGGAGUGGCGGCGAGAGAAAGCGAGAUGUGGAGGGGAGAUAUACCUGUUGGCUUUGUUGUUUGUAAGCUCGAUUGGGCGAAUUUCGGGUCUAUCGGUGACGGUGACCGACACAGAGUGCGUCCAGGAGUACGUUCUAUAUGAAGGCGACAGCGUCUCCGGGAACUUCGUCGUGGUCGACCACGACAUCUUCUGGAGCAGCGAUCAUCCCGGAAUCGAUUUCACCGUGACAUCUCCAGCAGGUAAUGUGGUGCAAACUUCUAAGGGGACAUCCGGGGACAAGUUUGAGUUCAAGGCACCACGAAGUGGAAUGUACAAAUUCUGCUUUCAUAAUCCGUAUUCAACUCCAGAGAGUGUCUCCUUUUACAUUCAUGUGGGUCAUAUUCCCAAUGAGCAUGACCUUGCAAAAGAUGAGCAUUUGGACCCAAUUAAUGUUAAAAUUGCUACAUUGAGAGAGGCAUUGGAGUCUGUUACAGCAGAGCAGAAGUAUUUGAAAGCUCGUGAUGCUCGGCAUCGUCACACAAAUGAGAGCACAAGAAAGCGUGUCAUAGGUUACACUGUUGCGGAGUACCUUUUGCUUGGCGCUGCGAGUGCAAUUCAAGUCAUAUACAUACGCCGCCUUUUCAGCAAGUCAGUUGCAUACAACCGGGUUUGAGACGUCUGAUUAAUGUUAUCAUCUGUUCUUAAGCAACAGGGAGAAUUCAAUUAGUUGAGGUUGGAAGGAAGUAUGAUAAACAAACAGAAGUUACAGAACAGUGUGCUCUGAUAUACAAUUGUUUAUUUCACACAUUUGUAGUAGACAAAAAUGUUUUGUGGAACGGUUAAAAUGCACCAUUCCAUGUGCCAAGAUUAGGUACAGGAUUGUCUGUUUCCCGAGUUUGUGCUAAUCUUAUGCGCAAAACAGAGCUUUUAAGAUGCUA